AAUUCCUUUGCGCUAUCAGCUUAUGCACAUAUAUACAUCUAUAUAUAUCAAUAUACAAUACAAAAAGGCUUUUAUUUGGAAUAGAAUAUUGUCUUGAAUACAUUUUGGAUGCAGAGAGAUCAUACCAAUAUCUGAAUAAGCGACGGGGCGGCGUUCAGGUUAGGUGUGCAAUAGAAAAAACUACAUACUAUAUAGUAGCAGUAAUCCAACGAAUUGAAUUGGCAGCAUUGUUACGUAUUAAAUAUAAAAAUUAAAAUUUAGUUAUAUCUCGAUUGAGUGAUAAAAGUAAGCAUGACUAUCAAACCGGUGAUUGCUCCGUCGCAGAAGCGUGUGGCUUCGGAUGAGAAGAAAGAGUCACAUAGUCAUGGGCAUGCCCUUGCUUCUCAUUCUCAUACACAUGGUCACAACGUGGUCGAGCCAGGAAGCAGUCACAGCCAGUCCAGUGGUCGCACUACUGGCGCACAUCCUCCAUGCCGUGGCGGGCAGAGCCCUCAACGCCGUGCUGAAUCGUUCGACGAGAUUACGCGUCAUCGUCGAAGCCCACAUAAAAGCUCACGGUCUAAGCGUAGGGAUCAUCAUGACCAACAUCAUAAACGAGAACGCGCAGAGCGAGAAAAACAUUCAACUGCGAGUGGUUCAAAUAGUUCAAUCCCCAAGAAAUGCAGUAGCCCACAUGUCCAUGGAGGCGGAUCUGUAGCUACCUCUGCCGUCGGUAGUCCUGUAGGAAAGAAUGUAUUGGGCGGUGGCAGUAGUCCAGCGCAUGUAAGUGCUAAGGGAAGUGUUUCACCUGAUCAUCUUGGAGCUAUACCUGUUGUGCUUGGUUGCCAAAGUCCCAAAUCUUCAUCUUCGGUAACGCAAGCAACAGCUAAUUUGCUUAAAGAUGUCGAAGAGACAUAUUCCGGGUACAAUAGCGGCGACGAGCACUUGCAACCAAAAGAAGGUUCUACCACCGCCGAUGAGUGGCAACAACGCGAUGAACAGUUUGCUAAAUGUAUGGCUCAGCGAGGUUAUGAGUUACGGCCGGUUGAGGAAGAUGGUGCAUGCCUGUUUCGAUCAAUCUCAUUGCAAAUUUAUGGCGAUGAAGAGAUGCACGAUGUUGUACGCCAGCAUACGAUGGAUUAUAUCUAUAAAAAUCGGGAGUACUUUUCUCACUUUGUCACCGAAGAUAUUAACUCUUAUAUUAAACGAAAACGUCGAAAGGAUUCGCAUGGAAAUCAUAUUGAAAUACAGGCUAUGUCGGAAAUAUACAAUCGACCAGUGGAGGUCUAUUCUUACAAACCAACUCCGAUAAAUAUAUUUAAUUCAGAACAACUAAACAAAGGUUAUGCGCCAUUGCGCCUUUCCUAUCAGCGCGGAUCGCAUUAUAAUGCCAUUAUCGAUCCAUAUGACGCAAGUGUGGGAGUGGGUUUGGGAUUAGCUGGUUACAAACCGGAAUUGCAGACAAAAGAAGCAGUACUUUUGAGUGAACAAAUGGAGAUAGAGCAGACAAUGUUUGAAGACAAACUUAAAACAACUGAUUGGGAGGCCACAAAUGAAGCAAUAGAAGAACAAAUUGCACGUGAAUCUUAUUUACAAUGGUGUCGAGAAAAUUUGCAGAAAACUCGUUCUAGCGGUACGGCUCCAUCUACUUCGGCGACUGUAACGUCUGCCGAAGCUACCUCAGACUCUGAGGCAUCGCCCUCCAAAUAUUCCGCGCUACGCAAUAACAAUGGUAAUAUAAGCACUUCUAACACUAACAACAGCAGCUGCAGUAGAAAUAUAAACCAUACCGAUGUUGGUGGUUUAACGAAUACUGCAACUACAGAAAAUGUCUGCGAGCACAAGUUAAGUGGAAUCGUUGGUUCAGGACAGCUCCCGAACAAUACCGAAACAUCAUCGGGAACAUCUUUAGAGCACAGUUUUGGUUUGUCGGCAAAGUCAUUGAGUUCUUUGGCCAACAAUUUAAAGAAAAGCUCAACUCCUCCACACUCCGUUGGUGAAUGGGAUGCUGACAGUGAUGACACAGAUAUGAGCAGUACGAGCUCAAUAGGCGCCAGUAGUGGUAGUAACAACAGUGGCGGUAAAAAAAACACAAAAAAGCGCAGUUCAGGUUUGCGAACAGGUGGACAGAAACGACGCCGUGAAACGGUUGCACCUUCAAAAUUUAAAGGUGAUGCUAUGCCGACGAGAGGAAUUGGAAAAAGUCUAAACCACGAGAUGACUGGAGACUCGCCUUUGCUUCGCAUAAAGUCACGAUCGCAUACGCCAGAAGCCGAACAAAAACCUAGCACAUCAAAGAAAACACACCCUACCACACCUGAGAAGGGUUUGAAUUUUUCUGAUACUCUUUCAGCUUCCACUUCAAAAUGUACCUUAGCAUCUUCUUCAUCGUCUCCACUAAAAUUAACAGAAUCUAUUAACAAGCAGGAAUCAACCGAUUUUUAUCAAGAACUGUUGGAAGCCUCGUACGCUGGAGAUGGUUUUGGACAACUAAGCGAAUCCGAAAUGCUUCAGCGUGCCAUACAAUUGUCCACUCAUGACUACAUUGAAGAGCAAAAACGAAAGUUUUUAUUUGGACCAUAAGUUGAAAUAAGGCACGCUGUUCUUUCAAGAUGCUUAUUGAAAAUAAAACUCGUAGGCGUAAAUUAUAAUACUAAAUAUAAAACAAAAUACUAGAUGGAGAAUUCAAUUCUAACGUAAACACAAUACAUACAUACAUAUACACGAAUAUAUAUAACGGAAUGAACGAAAAAUAUGGUUACUUAUUGUAAUUAUUUCUUAACAAUGUGUUUAUUUCGAUUGUUUUGUUGAUUUCCAUACGCAUUUCAUGAA